CGACAUCCCGAGCGUGAUUCACGGUCGCGCACGAACGCAAUGAUGCACGCGAGCAGCAGCGUCGCGAUCGACGCGCGCGCGCGCGUCGCCGCCCUCGCGGCGUCCGCGUCGUCGCCGCGGAGCCGCCCGCGCGUCGUCGCCGCGGGAGGAAGAAAGAUCGCCUCCGCCUCCGCCUCCUCCUCCUCCUCCUCCGCUUCGUCGUCGUCGUCCGCGCGCCUCGCGAAGGCGGCGUAUACGGCGGCGGCGGACUCGCGCGGCGCCCGCCGCCGCGCGAGCCUCCUCGUCGCGAAGGCGGCGUCCGAGGACGACGACGCCUCCUCCGCCUCCUCGGGCGGCGGCGCGUCCGCGGAUCAGAUCGACGACGACGAGAGGGAGACCGUCGGCGGGACCAUCCGUCGCAAGAAAGCGCUCGCCGCCGCGCAGAAGAAGAAAGAGAAGGGAUCCGACUUCAGCGUGAACGACGUGAACCCACUAGACCUGGGCCGCAGAGCGCGCCAGGCUGCGGACGGCUUCUUCAAGUCCUUCACCGGCCUCGCGCAGCUCGCGCGCUCGCCGUCGUUGGACGAGACGAAAUACGACGCCGUCUACGACGCCGAUCUUCUCUCCGGCGCCUCCCUCGGGGAGUACGAGACCCCCAACGCGCGGUUCACGACCGUCCUCGUCGUCGGCGCCGCCGGACGCGUCGGCCGCGUCCUCGUGCGGAAGCUCCUCCUCCGCGGGUACACCGUCAAGGCGCUCGUGCGGAAGGAGGCGGAUAAGGAGCAGUUGCCCGCCGUCGUGGAGUGCUUCGUCGGGGACGUCUCCGACGCGGGGGUGGUGAACGAGGCCAUCGGGGGCGUGAACAAGGUGGUGUACUGCGCGCGCGCGAAGACGUUCAUCUCUGGGGAGCUGAACAACGUCGACGGCGAGGGCGUCAGGGUGGCGGUGAAGGCGCUGCAGGAUUACAACAACACGCUCGCGACGAGGCGCGCGGGGACGAGCAACAAGACGAAGCUGAUGCUCACCAACUUCGUCAAGUUCAAGUCCGUGUACGACGACUGGACGAUCGACGAGACGCGAUUGGUGGACCCCGCGGACGGGAAGUGGCAGGCUGCCGCGGAGGUAGCGCAGAGAGUGGACUUUGGCCCGAUGGAGGAGGAGGACGGCUCCGAGAGCAAGUUUCCACUCUUCUCCGGGUACGUCUUCUCGAGAACGGGCAUCGCGCAGAUCUCCUCGGCGCUCGACGACCUCGGGAGCCUGGACAUGCGAGGCGACGUCUCGCUCGUGCGUCACGAGGGCGUGCUUCUGCGUCUGAAAGGCGACGGGAAGCGGUACUCCGUGUCCCUGCGCGAGCCCGGCGUCGACGGCAGAACGUUCAUCGCUCCGUUCGCCACCACGGGGCGGUGGCAGAUCGUCCGCGUGCCGUUCUCGCAGUUCCGACCGGAGGCGGACAUGGGCCCGCCGAUGCGGCUGGACAACAUCGAGCGGAUCGGGAUCCGGUUCGAGGCGCGGAACCAGACCGCGAAGGCGGCGGCGGCGGUCGCCGGGCAGCCCGCGUGGAUGUCCGAGCUCGACAGCCCCGGGAAUAACUCGUUCAACCUCCAGCUGGAGUACGCGAAGCUCUUGCCCAUGGGCGACGAGACGGACUUCGUGCUCGUGUCCUGCGGCGGCGCCGGGAUGGAGGAGGGCGAGGACAAGGACCGCGUCGUCAAGGCGAAGCGCGAGGGCGAGCGGCUGCUUCGCAACAGCGGGCUCGGGUACACCAUCGUUCGCCCGGGGACGCUGCUCGAGGAGCCGGGGGGGAACAAGGCGCUGGUGUUCGACCAGGGCGAUCGCAUCACGCAGUCGAUAUCGUGCGCGGACGUCGCGGACGUGUGCGUCAAGGCGCUUCACGCGGAGGAGGCGAGGAAUAAGUCGUUCGACGUGUGUUACGAGUACGGCGCCGCGGAGGGGGCGGAGUCCCAGUACGAACGCGUGGCCAACGUGCCGAACAGGAGCAACAACUACCUCACUCCCGCGCUGUCUGUUUUGGAGAAGAACACGUGAGCGAUGAGCGCGUGUCUGUCGCGAGAGGAAUAUCAUGCGGGGGAAGUGCGGGGGUAGACGGAUUUCAUAAUACGACGAUAUCAUUACGAC